GGGCUGCCGUUUGAAAUGCUGCCGCGAGAAGCUGCACCGAGCGGACUCAUUCCUCUCAUGGUGUCACUUCGGCCAGAUCACUGGGAUAAUUAAAAGGACAAGAGUGAAGCUGUCAAGGGAUACACACUGUGGUAGUGUGUACCAGGUGCUGAAGUGACUUCAAAGCAGUCGUAUCAUGGAUGAAGAAGGGAAAACAACCUUGCAUUCAGAAUGUAAAAUGACAGAAGCUAAACCCAGUGAGUGUGUGGAUAAUGAUUUUUGCCACCUGUCUGAUGAAAAAUUUGACUUUGACCUUUCGAUGUCUCCUAUAAGUGAAAAUGAGGACGAAGUUUUUGUCGGGCCCAUGGGCCAUAAAGAAAAAUGCAUUGCGACUGCUCUUGAAGCAACAAAAGACACAAUUCCUCCAUCACCACUUGUGGAUGAACUAACAUGGAGCCCUGUUUCUGAGGAGAAAUUUGUGGAGAUUUUUAAGGAAGCUCACCAGAUAGCAGUCCAGAUACAAACUGGAAGGAAAGCGAAAAGGAACAAUGGUCGCCAGCUGGAAGAGCGAAAGACAGAGGCUGUAGAAAAAUUUGUGCAAGAAUCUAAAUCAAAACUGAAACUCCUUGAGAAAGGAAUAGUGAUGGAUAAAACCACAAAGGAAGUUAGGAGAGAGACAUAUUGUGUGUGUGAAAGUCCACAAUCUCCACAGCCACCUCCAUGGUUUCAGAAACAUUCAAGGCAACCGAUCGCGGGAAUGGACAGCUCUCGUUCUCCACAAAUUCCUCUAAACACUUCUAGUCCUGCCAGAAUGAGCAAAUUGCCCCACACACCGCUUGCAUCUUUAGCGCAAGGGAAGAGUGACAAAAUAAAUAAUAAACCGAGCGCAGUUCAGACUGUAAAAAAUGCAUCUGCAUUUGGAAAUAGUCUCUUGGCAGCGGGACAGUUGGGGAUCAAGGCAACACAGCUGAAACGUCCUAGUAAUAUCCGUAUGCGAAGGAACACUUCAACUUCUUCUUCUUCAUCAUCAUCUUUUUCCAGCAUAAGCCUGAAUUCAAGUCUGUCCAUCUCUCCUAAGAUAGGGAAAGGUAAAAUAGGUGUUGCUUCUAAAGUUUCUGCACGUGGCUCCCGGUUGUCCUCUACCGCAAGCAAGAUUGCUAUUGUUAAACCUAUGAAGGGUUUGUCUGUGCAGGCUUCCCAUUCUGAUGCAUCUGAAAAGCAACAUGGGUCCACAAGUGCUUCAAAAACAACUUCUCAAAUAAAUGCACCCAAAUACAGAGUUACUGAUAAGACUGAGAUGGCCAGUGGGAUUUUGAAAGAGGGCUCGGAUCCUAGUUUUCAGAAACCAUUGCAGAAAAGUAUAUUGGGAAACAGAACAGCAACUUCAAGUCCCAAGCCCAAAGCUGUACCUGCAGUCUCAAAGGAAGGUGUAUCUGAGAAUUUUGUUGCCAGAGUGUUACAACCAACUGCGUCACUGUCUUGUGGUAGUGUUGGAAGCAAUGUUGCAGUUACCCCACCUCGCAAACUAUCAGAAGACGGAUUGGUAUUAAAUACCUGUUCUGCUGCCAAGUCUGGUUUAUGGACUCCAUCCAACAGAAGGCAUUCUGCGUUACCUACUCCCAUUCGUCGGCAUACGUCGGGAAUUCCAUCACUAACCCCCCAAACUGUGCCCAAAGCAAUAUCUUCUCCCGAUCUCGUGUCUCUUCGGCAAGUCUCAAGUGUGUCAUCCAAAAAGACUCUAGCAGCUAGUUUCAAAUGGGUCAGAGAGCGCAAGACACGUGGGGCCUAUAGCUCAUCUUCAACAGAAGGAUCUCCCCCACCAGUUGCACCUAUUGCCCUUGAUUUUUCAACAGAGAAGUCUUCUGAAGAAACAGAACAGGACCUUUCUGAGCAGGAGAAACCAGCAGAAAGAACACCCACUGAGGAGACUUUACUGGUAGACAUUGGAAUAGAUAAAACACCACUUGCCACCCAGGAAUGUGAAAAUAAACCCCUUAUUGAUCUUUUUAAUACUCCUGAAAUAAUUCCAGUUCCUCUGUUGAAGCCUGUAGGACAGCCAAUAGAUCUGAGCUCUCCUCUCAUCAGUUUUACACCGGAAGGAAAUAAAGAGAACCUGGAUUCUCCUCUUCUGAAGUUUUGAUUUCUUGAACAAAUCUCUUAACUUGGAAGAGUUUGAGCGCAAAAACUGAUGUUUCAGUAAACAGGGUGUGGGUGGGUAGCAGACAAGUAAAGUUUUAAAACUGAGAGCUUGAUGCAAUAAAGCUGCUUAAAUAUUGAUUACUCAGUACUGUCAAGAACUGAUUGCAAAUGCCUUGUGUGUUAAAAUGUCUAGUUUUGCACAAAUUUGUCAAAUGUCAUGAAUUAAAAUAAAGCAAAUGCAUUUCAAAAUAUAUAUUUUCAUUAAAGUAUAGUGGAAGCCUUUCUGAAUGCUUCCACCAUUUCAAGUUUACAAUUCAAAGCGCCUGCUAGGAUUUAUAAGUGUACACUGUACACUUAGGCAUUUUGGUCUGUAAUUUGUGACUGGAAACUGCAGUAACUUGAACGAUUUGGUGAAUGAUUAUUGAGAUUAUUGAGAUUUACAGUAUUUGAAGCAGAACUGAUUUUCUGUAUUAUGAUUAGGAUGCAUUUCUCCUGUCCAAUUUUCAUAAUGUGAAUUUUCGUUGCAUCAUAGCUGUAUUACUCUUGGAUCAGAAAUCUGAACAAGCUGAGAGCUUUUAUGCACAGUGAGCUCUUGCUGUUCCUGUGCAUCAUGUUAUCAAAUGAAGAAAAGGGAAUGAUGGAUCUGCCUAUGACAUCUCAGUUCCAAACAUUUGUAUGAAAACAAAUUUACCAGAACAGAUCAACUCAAACA